UGAGAGUCUCUGGGCUGGGGCUGAGCCGGCUCAGAGUGUCCUUGCUGCCGCCUCCAGCGCCCUGUGCCUGGACCUCCAGCCGCUGCAUGCACAGGAGGGUGGCCGGCGCGGAGUCUCCCUGGCAGGAGGGUGCCCGGCGCGGAGUCUCCCUGGCACUGGCAGGAGGGUGCCCGGCGCGGAGCACCCAGGCAUUGGUCCGGGAACUUUUCACGUCAUUUUCUGCUCGGCAGCUCGGCACCCGGGUCCUCGGUGCCCAUGGGGCAGGGCUAGAGGAGCUUGCGGCGCCGAGCUGACCCGGACGGACGCCCGUGAUGUCCGGCCCGGACCCGGAGGACUCCCCCCCUUGUCGCAACUGGUCAUCCGCCGCGGAGCUGAACGCGACUCGGGGGCCCUUCGCCAGCCCCAGCGACUAUGACGACGAGGAAUUCCUGCGCUACCUGUGGAGGGAGUACCUGCACCCUAAGGAGUACGAGUGGGUCCUGAUCGCCGGCUACAUCAUCGUGUUCGUGGUGGCCCUCGUCGGGAACGUGCUGGUUUGUGUGGCAGUGUGGAAAAAUCACCAUAUGAGGACAGUAACCAACUACUUCAUCGUGAAUCUUUCUCUGGCCGACGUGCUUGUCACCAUCACCUGCCUUCCGGCCACUCUGGUUGUGGACAUCACUGAGACCUGGUUCUUUGGACAGUCCCUCUGCAAAGUGAUUCCCUAUUUACAGACCGUGUCAGUGUCCGUCUCUGUCCUCACCCUGAGCUGCAUCGCCCUGGACCGAUGGUACGCCAUCUGCCACCCUCUGAUGUUUAAGAGCACGGCCAGGCGCGCCCGGAACAGCAUCAUCGUCAUCUGGAUCGUGUCCUGCAUCAUCAUGAUUCCUCAGGCCAUCGUCAUGGAGUGUAGCACUGUGCUUCCGGGCUUGGCCAACAAGACCACUCUCUUUACCGUGUGUGAUGAGCACUGGGCUGGUGAAAUUUACCCGAAGAUGUAUCACAUUUGUUUCUUUCUGGUCACAUACAUGGCACCCCUGUGUCUUAUGGUAUUAGCCUAUCUACAAAUAUUUCGCAAACUAUGGUGCAGGCAGAUCCCGGGGACAUCGUCUGUGGUUCAGAGGAAAUGGAAACCCCUGCAGCCGGUUUCACAGCUCAGAGGGCCCGGACAGCAGACCAAGUCCAGGAUUAGCGCCGUGGCUGCUGAAAUAAAGCAGAUCCGAGCCAGACGGAAAACAGCUCGGAUGCUCAUGGUGGUGCUUUUGGUGUUUGCAAUUUGCUAUCUGCCAAUUAGCAUUCUCAAUGUGCUAAAGAGGGUGUUCGGGAUGUUUGCUCACACGGAAGACAGAGAGACGGUAUAUGCCUGGUUUACAUUUUCACACUGGCUUGUAUAUGCCAAUAGUGCUGCGAACCCAAUUAUUUAUAAUUUUCUCAGUGGAAAAUUUCGGGAGGAAUUUAAAGCCGCGUUCUCCUGUUGUUGCCUGGGAGGUCACCAUCGCCAAGAGGACCGACUCAGCAGGGGCAGGACCAGCACCGAGAGUCGGAAAUCUCUCACUACCCAGAUCAGCAACUUGGAAAACAUCUCCAAGCUCUCGGAGCAGGUCGUGCUCACCAGUAUAAGCACACUCCCAGCCGCUAACGGAGCAGGACCCCUGCAGAACUGGUAUCUACAACAGGGGCCGCCAUCAUCAUCCUCACUGCUCUCCACCUGGUUGGAAGUUUGAACGAAGAGCAUGUGUUGUGUCACUGGGAGUCAGUUCAAGGACAUCAUGGUUUCAGACUAAUUGUCACAGCAUUGCCAGUGCAGAAUGAAAGACUUGUUUUACAGCACCUGGGUGCUUUAUGGAUGCCUGGAUGACUUGAAAAGUUGCAUUUUCCAAUCCAGUUACCCUCCCGGAAGUCUAUUUUGUAAAAUGAGACUGUUUCUAAGAAUGGUCAUCAUAUGAAAGAAAAGCAAACACACAGCAGUACUGACAGAACUGUGGGAAUGGAAUAAUGGACUGAUCACAUUGCUUUCAACAUGCUGAUACAAAUUUCCUUCAAAGCAGUCUGGAUUUAAUAUAGUUACUUAAUAAGACAUGUGGCAGAGACACAGGUGUUACCCAAAUCUGCCAGUCUUAUGGAAAAAGGGUCAACUUCUUACUACAUUCUGUGCUAAUAACACAAAAGAGAAGACAAUUAAAAGAAUGUUUUAUGCUAUACUUAUAGUAUGUAUCUUUUUUUUGCUGUAUCUCAAGACAAUGUAAAAUGAUAUUGAAUUUUUACUAAUAGUUAUGAGGCAAAUUUAUCUAAUACAGAAUUUAUUUGAACUUCCUUAUUUCUGAAUUUUUACAAAUCCAUGAAAACUUUUAUCUUUGAAUUCAUUCAUUCUUGAUAAAAUAGGACUUAUGGUUUCUGAAGAAAUUGACUUCUAAAAUUUCCAAAAUUGAAAUCAUUCUUGGAUACUAAACUCUUAGAACUCAUUGAUGAAUUAAUUGGAAAAGUGCCAGGUACAACAUUACUGAAUUUUACUCCCAAUUUUAAUUAAGAUACAGAUACACGUGUUUAUAAAUGCAUAUGAAAAGAUAUAAAUGUAAUCUGAAUAGACGUAAACUGAAUAAUGAGAGUAAGAAACCCUGAAAAUGCUACAGACACAAAUUGGGGGUGGGAGGGCUCUACUAUUAUUUAAAUAAUAAUGUAAUAGAAUGUUUCACACUUAAUAUAUAUCAUAAGAGUACUCAUAUGCACUUCAAUCAAUUCUGGGUAUUUACUAAAAUUUAGAAGCUUUUCAAUUCUGGUUCAUUUUCAACAGAUAAUUUUUCUACUUCCUAAAUAUUACAAUUUUUAAAAGUUGCAUUUAGGUCAUGUGAAAUUGAUUUUCAAAUGGCAUGAGCAAAAUAAUAGACUUUUUGAGCCUGAAUGUAAACAGUCACAAUAUCAUUAAAAAUUUAUCCUGUUACCUAUGUACUACAGGCAAUGAAGCGCAGAGGCAUGGAAAAUACAGUUAAAUCCUCAGAUUGAAAGGAGUUUAUUUUCUAGAGAAUUACAUCUAUUAAGGAGGGACAAAGACUCUUUUCCACUUGCCACAUAUUUCCACUAUCUCAAAUUUCCUUUAUAAGCUUUGUGGUUAGAAUGUCUUUUGAGUUUUUCUUGAAAUGUAUUUUCUAUAACUAUUGUAUCUUAUGUAUGAAAUAUCAAGUCACUCCUUUAACAAUUGUCUUACACAUUUAUGGUUCUUUAUGGCUGAUUAACUGUGUCUUCACGAAGAAAUUACCAAAUCUGAUGUGUUUGCACACCAACUACUGUGAAAGAUGCUCAUUGUAUAGUUUUUAAGUAAAAAACAUUGAGAAUUCUAUAAUCACAUUCACUCUGCUGUCUUUGCUUUGUGAAAAGUUUGUUGUUGAUUGGAUAAGUUGGAUGUUUAUGCAUAACGUACCAAAUCUUUGUAUUUAAGGAUGAAGUUAGUACAGUACUUAACGAUCAAAAUAUUUUCCCAAUAAAUUUAUAUA